CCUGUGAUUGGCUGGCCGCAGCUCCGGGUGUCCGCUGCUGUGGAGUCACCUUGGCCCCGGCUGCAGCUGCUCUCCUCGGGGUGAAACUUGCUCCAUCCCCCGGGCCUCGCUUCGCACUGACACCGGACCGAACCGUCACCGAGCCCGCAACGACACCGGCCCGCAGCCCGCACGCACGCCGCCAUGGCCGACGCCAAACCCAAGACCUCCCCCAAGGCCGUCAAGUUCCUGUUCGGGGGACUGGCCGGGAUGGGGGCGACGGUGUUCGUGCAGCCUCUGGACCUGGUGAAGAACAGGAUGCAGUUGGCCGGACAAGGAACCAAAGCCCGAGAAUAUAAAACCAGCUUCCACUGUCUCCUCUCCAUCCUCAAGAACGAGGGGGUCAGAGGGGUCUACACCGGGCUGUCGGCGGGGCUGCUCAGACAGGCCACCUACACGACCACACGUCUCGGCAUCUACACCAUCCUCUUCGAGAAGAUGACCUCCUCCGACGGACGCCCACCAAACUUCUUCAUCAAGGCGGGCAUUGGGAUGACGGCCGGCGCCAUCGGGGCGUUUGUGGGGACUCCAGCUGAGGUGGCACUGAUCAGGAUGACCGCAGACGGACGGCUCCCCCUGGAGGAGAGGAGAGGAUACACCAACGUGUUCAACGCUUUGGCUCGAAUCACCAGAGAAGAAGGAGUCACCACCAUGUGGAGGGGUUGUGUUCCGACCAUGGCUCGGGCGUUGGUGGUGAACGCGGCGCAGCUCGCCUCGUACUCUCAGUCCAAACAGGCUCUGCUCGACUCAGGGUACUUCGGCGAUGACAUCCUGUGCCACUUCUGUGCCAGUAUGAUCAGCGGCCUCGUCACCACCGCCGCCUCCAUGCCCGUCGACAUCGUCAAGACCAGGAUCCAGAACAUGAAGAUGAUCGACGGGAAACCAGAGUACAAGAACGGACUGGACGUCCUGGUGCGUGUGGUGGGGAAGGAGGGCUUCUUCUCGUUGUGGAAAGGUUUCACUCCGUACUACGCUCGGCUCGGCCCUCACACCGUCCUCACCUUCAUCUUCCUCGAGCAGAUGAACCGCCUCUACAAGAAAUAUGUGCUGGACCCUUAGAAACGCACAAACACACACACACACACACACACACACACAACACACACACACACACACACACACACGACUCCCGACGACCAGGACCUCUACACACAAACACACUCUGAAGUCUCUGGACGUAGAACCAUGUCCACUGUCAAACUGUCACACGAAACUUGAGUCUGGUCCGGCUCUGGUCCGGCUCUGGUCCGGCUCUGGUCCGGCUCUGGUCCGGCUCUGGUCCGGCUCUGGUCCGGCUCUGGUCCGGCUCUGGUCCGGCUCUGGUCCGGCUCUGUCACUCAUGUCCAGGACUCGAGCUGAACGGGGCUUUCACUCAUUUCACUCAAACACACUUACCGUCACACAAGUCAAGAUUGUCUUAGGAAUUUUUCCUUUUUCCUCUUCGUAGUUUGGGUAUUUUUUUAGGUUGCAGAUUUGACUUCCUGGUUGUAAAUCUUGGCAUGACACCAGGGAAUUCCAGAACGGUUACCAUAGCGACCCGCAGCACAGGAUUAUCUGAUCAACAGUUAUUGAGGAAACCACUUUAAACAUGAUGUCAACAGAAUAAAAUGUCACAGAAAUGUGAUUCUUGUGUAAAUUGAGCUGAACUUUUGGUCAGAAUUCUCCCGGCGUGACGUCGUGAUGUUGGCCGCGUGACGUCAGCGGCGCGGGACUCUCACGUUCAGUUUUUCUUCACAAAGUUCUUGUUGAUUUGUGUAAAAACUAAACAAAGCCCAAAACAGAAUCUGCCUCUCAGUCUUUAAGGACGCGCAGAGACUCAAAACACAUUUUAUUUCCUCUAAACUCUAAACGGAUCCAAAAGUUUCUGUAUCUGCACAUGUUUUUAGUUCUGUGCUCCAGACGUCCAACCAGAAUAUUUGGGAGCAGAUCUCCUGAUCCAGCAAAUGUUUCGAUAUGUGCCGAUAUCCGAUACCAGUAUCGGAUCGGUGCAGCCCCACGACGCACACGUCCUGGACCCACCUCUGCUUCACAAACAGCCCACAGGUCCAGACUCACCCUGGACUCUCGGGACCCUCAACUCUGGACUCGGCCUGGACUCGGCCUGGACUCGGACUCGGUCUGGACCCUGGACUCUCUGGACUCAGUCUGGACCUGGUCUGGACCCUGGACCCGGUCUGGACCCUUUGAGCACAGCAGACUUCGGCCUAAGCCACAGGUGCUGAUGGAUCAUGAACCCCAGAAAUACUGGCCAAUCAGAGCAGAGAAUGAGCAGCAAGUCCCGCCUUAAAGCUGACAGACAACCAAUCAGACGCAGAGGGACGAACAAGCACCUUUUAGUUUCAAGCACUUCAUUAUUUAUCAUUAAGAGACCAACACAAAGUCCUGGUUCAGACCUGGUUCAGACCUGGUUCAGACCUGGUUUAGUUCUGUGCAGUAUUUAAAUAUAAAAUAUCAGAAUUUGAAUAAUGUAUUUUUAGUGAGACUGUGAAUGAGAUGGUCCUUGCGUCUGAUUGGUGGAUCGUGCGGGUGUAGUGCACAGGCUACUCUCUGAUUGGCUGAGCCCUCCUCCUGCUGCGCUCUGAUUGGUCCGUUAACUGCCACGUUUCUGUUCUAAAUCUGUACAAAGUGUUUCUGGUGUGAAUAAAGAAGCAUUCAGUCUUA